GUUAAGACAAGCAAAAAGUAAAAUAAAAAUAUUUCUAUUGUUGAGUUAAUUUCCUUUUUAUUAAUUUAGGUGAUAUCAUAUAAUGCUUCGCGUGAGGGUUUCUGAGAUUCUGAUCGACGAAAACUAAUCUCUCUCCUUUUUCUUCUCAUCUCCUUACUAGAGAUCUCUGUCUUCGAUAAUUUGUUUCAAUCACUGAGAAAAUGGCGGCCGUAGGAGUAGAUUCGAGGCGUCCUGAGACAGCGAUGGAGGAAACCUGUAACGUGAAAGGAGCGGCGGCGAAACAAGGGGAAGGGCUUAAGCAGUACUAUCUCCAGCACAUCCAUGAGCUCCAGCGCCAGCUUCGACAGAAGACUAAUAACCUCAAUCGCCUUGAAGCUCAAAGGAAUGAACUCAAUUCUCGAGGUCUCUUCUUCCUUCUCUUACCCUAAUUCUCUGCAAAAUUGGAUCUUUUUUAUCAUCUCCUUGUGUUUCGUAAUCUCAGAUUCUGUGCUAGGGCUUUCGAUUUCGUUCCAAUUGGAGCUGAGUGAUUUCAAAUUUCAAAAUUGUUGUGGUGAUUUAGUGUUUCCGAUCUGGAAGUGAUUAGUCUUGAUUUUAGCAACAUUAACUUGUUUAGAUUUCUAGAUUCUGUCUUCUUGUUGGUUCUUUUGCAAAGUAUGUGGCUUUUUUCAGGAAAGCCUAGUUAUUUCUUCACUAUCUUCAUUGAGGAAUAUAUACUUUUGGAAGGAGCCCAUAUAGUCCUUUCCACUAUACCAUGAUUUUAGUUACACAUUUAAAGUUAUAGAACAGCUUCUGUUGUCAUCAUGAUCACCAUCCUAUUUAUGCAUGAAGUGAGAAUGCUCAGAGAAGAGUUACAGCUCCUUCAAGAACCUGGGUCCUAUGUGGGAGAAGUGGUAAAAGUUAUGGGAAAGAACAAGGUCUUGGUUAAGGUUCAUCCAGAGGGGAAGUAUGUUGUUGAUAUUGACAAAAGUAUAGACAUUACGAAAAUCACUCCAUCAACGAGAGUUGCUCUUCGUAAUGAUAGCUAUGUUCUCCACCUGGUUCUGCCAAGUAAAGUAGAUCCCUUGGUUAACCUUAUGAAAGUUGAGAAGGUUCCAGACUCCACCUAUGACAUGAUUGGUGGUCUUGACCAGCAGAUUAAGGAAAUAAAGGAGGUCAUUGAGCUGCCAAUCAAGCAUCCUGAAUUGUUUGAGUCUCUUGGAAUUGCGCAGCCAAAGGGUGUGUUGUUAUACGGUCCACCUGGAACUGGGAAGACACUAUUGGCUCGGGCUGUUGCACAUCACACUGACUGUACUUUCAUAAGAGUUUCUGGUUCCGAGCUUGUCCAGAAAUACAUUGGAGAAGGUUCUAGAAUGGUCAGAGAACUUUUUGUGAUGGCAAGGGAGCAUGCACCAUCAAUCAUCUUCAUGGAUGAAAUCGAUAGUAUUGGGUCUGCUCGUAUGGAAUCUGGAAGUGGAAAUGGUGACAGUGAGGUGCAACGGACCAUGCUCGAGCUUCUCAAUCAACUUGACGGUUUUGAAGCGUCAAACAAAAUCAAGGUUUUGAUGGCUACAAAUCGUAUUGAUAUUCUGGAUCAAGCUCUUCUCAGGCCUGGAAGAAUUGAUAGGAAAAUUGAAUUUCCUAAUCCUAAUGAAGAGUCACGUUUUGACAUCUUGAAGAUUCACUCGAGGAAAAUGAAUUUGAUGCGUGGAAUCGAUCUGAAAAAGAUUGCAGAGAAGAUGAAUGGCGCUUCAGGUGCUGAGCUGAAGGCUGUGUGCACGGAGGCGGGAAUGUUUGCUCUGCGUGAGAGGAGAGUACACGUGACACAAGAAGACUUUGAGAUGGCGGUGGCCAAGGUAAUGAAGAAAGACACGGAGAAGAACAUGUCUCUGCGUAAGCUGUGGAAGUAGGAAUCUCUCAUGGAAAGACUUUCUUUACUUUACUGUUUGUUGUUUGAUUCUGAAACCUUUUUUCGGUUGUCUCAUGAAAACAUUUUAGAACAAAGUUUUUACUAUCUAGACACGAGUUUAUCUAGUAUGCGAUUUGAGGUCAAUGGAAGGAAAUUCCCAAAACUCAAGAACCUGAGCUUAUAAGACCAAAACAAGCAGAACCUUCACAUGUUAAGAGUUCUUCUGUCCGAAACUGUCAUAUUCCAUUAGAGAGAAAAAGCCUAUAAUGUAAAUGUUAUGAUAAUUUAUUUCAAUUACAAAUUUUACGCACGAAUUUGGUUUAUUCGGUAUGGUUUAGCUCGG